AUGUGCAGGAGCUUCCUGGUACAGAUGGUGUUCCAACUUCAAGCUGCAGCUACUGUUUCAGAGUUGAUGCCGCGCACCAAGCUGACGCGGCGAAGAGGAGGGGCGCUCGAUGGUCUGACGGGUUGCACACGAGGAAUGCGGAGUGGAGUCUCAUCAUCAGUCGCGCGUGAACACGUUCAAGAAGCAGUUCAGCGUGGCAAAUGCUGGUUCCUUGGCAGUUCUCGAGGUGAAAAAUACGCAUAUGCAUACGCAGACGGAUUCGCAUACGGCGGCGGAGAAGGGAGUGCUGCCGAGGCGGAGUCUUCGCUCGUUGACCACGCCUUCCUCGCGCCUUCGACAUUAUCGAGCGUGCGUGCGCCUGUUCUUGCUUGGGUCUGCGGCCCGACCAUCAACGCUCGCUUCGCUUCGCUUCAGCAUCGCAGUCUGCAGCAUCCACAAUACCGAGGCGGUGGCUAUGAUGAUGCCUACGCCCAUCAAGGAGCCCACGACGGCUACUAUCAAGACGAUCAGGCUUACUACGACCAGCACGCCUACGCCCAACAGGCUCAGCACGACGGCUACUACGACGACAAUGCCUACUACCAGGCCGGCGCUCAUGAUGGCUACCAACACGAUGGCUACUACGAUGCCGGACAGCACGGCUAUCAGGAUGAGUACUACAAUGACCAGUACUACGAUCAAGGCGCUCCCGCUGCGGGCCAGUAUCAGCAACAAGCUCGUGGUCAGGGUCAGCGCAGGAGCGGUCGCCGCGGCCACGAUUCUGAGGAGGACUCUGAGACCUUCAGCGAUUUCACCAUGAGAUCCGACAUGGCCCGCGCCGCCGAAAUGGAUUACUAUGGACGCGGUGAUGAGCGCUACAACUCUUACGGCGAUGGCACAGGUCGUGGCUACCGACCGCCUUCAUCUCAAGUAUCUUACGGCGGCAACCGCUCAUCAGGGGCGUCAACUCCAGUCUACGGCAUGGACUACACGAGCGCUCUGCCUGCUGGACAGCGGUCUAGGGAGCCAUAUCCAGCAUGGACCUCCGAUGCUCAAAUUCCCCUCUCCAAAGAGGAAAUUGAAGACAUCUUCCUCGACCUCACAGCCAAGUUUGGUUUCCAGCGCGACAGCAUGCGAAACAUGUUCGACCACCUCAUGACCCUCCUCGAUUCCCGCGCCUCCCGCAUGUCGCCCAACCAAGCCUUGCUAUCACUGCACGCAGACUACAUUGGUGGCGAAAACGCCAACUUCAGAAGAUGGUACUUUGCAGCACAUCUCGAUCUCGACGAUGCAGUUGGAUUUGCCAACAUGAAGCUGGGCAAGGCCAACAGGGCGACCCGAAAGGCUCGCAAGGCCGCAAAGAAGAAGGCAGAGGCCAAUCCACAGAACGAGGAGGCAACACUCGAGAGCUUGGAGGGUGACAACUCUCUCGAAGCUGCGGAAUACCGCUGGAAGACACGCAUGAACCGCAUGUCCCAGCACGACAGAGUCCGUCAAAUCGCUCUGUACCUGCUCUGCUGGGGUGAAGCCAAUCAGGUCCGCUACAUGCCUGAAGUUUUGGCCUUCAUCUUCAAGUGCGCGGAUGACUACUACCACUCACCUGCCUGCCAAAACCGUGUUGAGCCAGUCGAGGAGUUCACGUAUUUGAACAACUGCAUCACGCCUCUCUACAACUACUGCCGAGAUCAGGGUUACGAGAUUUUUGAGGGCAAAUACGUCCGCAAGGAGCUGGACCACCAGAAAAUCAUUGGAUACGAUGAUAUGAACCAGCUUUUCUGGUACCCAGAAGGGAUCGAAAGACUGCCAUUCGAGGAUAAGACCCGACUGGUAGAUCUGCCACCUGCCGAGCGGUACGAGCGUCUCAAGGACGUCAUCUGGAAGAAGGCCUUCUUCAAGACCUACAAGGAGACCCGAUCAUGGUUCCACAUGUUGACCAACUUCAACCGUAUCUGGAUCAUCCACGUCUGUAUCUUCUGGUUCUACACCGCCUUCAACUCUCCGACUUUGUACACCAAGAACUACCAGCAGCAGCUUAACAACCAGCCCAAAGGAUCAGCUCACUGGUCCGCGGUCGCUCUUGGUGGCACUCUCGGAUGCCUUAUCCAGAUCAUGGCAACUCUCACCGAAUGGCUCUACGUUCCCCGGAGAUGGGCUGGUGCUCAGCACUUGACCAAGCGUCUUCUCGUGCUCAUCGUCAUGUUCGUCAUCAACAUUGGUCCCUCGGUCUACAUCUUUGGUGUCUCGCAGGACGGCAAGAUCGCUCUCAUUUUGGGUGUCGUUCAGUUCCUCAUCGCUUUGGCAACCGUAUUCUUCUUCGCCAUCCAGCCUCUUGGCGGCCUUUUUGGCAGCUACCUCAACGGCAAGCGAAGGCAAUACGUUGCCAGCCAAACCUUCACGGCCAGCUAUCCUCGCCUUACCGGCAACGACAUGUGGAUGUCCUUUGGUCUCUGGGUCCUGGUCUUCGCCGCGAAGCUUGCUGAAUCGUACUUCUUCCUGACUCUCUCGCUCCGUGAUCCUAUUCGUAUCCUGUCGACGAUGAAGAUCUCCCACUGCCUGGGUGACAAGAUUAUUGGAACCAUGCUGUGUUACCGGCAGCCAACCGUCCUGCUCAUUCUCAUGUACUUCACCGACUUGAUCCUGUUCUUCUUGGAUACCUACCUAUGGUACGUCAUCUGGAACUGCGUCUUCUCCGUGGCACGAUCUUUCUACCUUGGUGUGUCUAUCUGGACGCCAUGGAGAAACAUCUUCUCCCGUCUGCCAAAGCGUAUCUACUCCAAGAUCCUGGCAACCACCGACAUGGAGAUCAAGUACAAGCCCAAAGUCCUCAUCUCUCAGAUUUGGAAUGCUAUUGUCAUUUCCAUGUACCGCGAGCACUUGUUGGCCAUUGACCACGUCCAGAAGCUCCUCUACCACCAGGUGCCAUCCGAGCAAGAGGGCAAGCGUACUCUUCGUGCCCCGACCUUCUUCGUGUCGCAGGAAGAUCAUUCCUUCAAGACCGAGUUCUUCCCGGCCAUGUCUGAGGCGGAGCGUCGUAUCAGCUUCUUCGCCCAGUCGCUUUCGACACCGAUCCCGGAGCCUCUGCCAGUCGACAACAUGCCAACUUUCACCGUCAUGAUCCCUCACUACAGCGAGAAGAUUCUUCUUUCCCUUCGUGAGAUCAUUCGUGAGGACGAGCCAUACUCGCGUGUCACCAUGUUGGAGUAUCUCAAGCAGCUCCACCCACACGAGUGGGACUGCUUCGUCAAGGACACCAAGAUCCUGGCUGACGAGACUUCUCAAUUCAACGGCGACUACGAGAAGAACGAGAAGGACACCCAGAAGUCCAAGAUCGACGACCUUCCGUUCUACUGCAUUGGUUUCAAGUCCGCUGCUCCUGAGUAUACUCUACGCACGCGUAUCUGGGCUUCUCUCCGCUCGCAGACCCUCUACCGCACUAUCUCUGGUUUCAUGAACUACAGCCGUGCGAUCAAGCUCCUCUACCGUGUCGAGAACCCAGAGGUCGUCCAGAUGUUCGGUGGCAACUCUGACAAGCUUGAGCGUGAGCUCGAACGUAUGGCCCGUCGCAAGUUCAAGAUCGUCGUCUCCAUGCAGCGUUACGCCAAGUUCUCCAAGGAGGAGCGUGAGAACGCCGAAUUCCUUCUCCGCGCCUACCCAGAUCUCCAGAUCGCCUACCUUGACGAGGAGCCACCACAGGCUGAGGGCGAGGACCCAAGACUCUUCUCUGCCCUCAUCGAUGGUCACUCUGAGAUUAUGGAGAACGGCAUGCGUCGACCCAAGUUCCGUGUCAUGCUUUCUGGUAACCCAAUUCUGGGUGACGGAAAGUCGGACAACCAGAACCACUGCUUGAUCUUCUACCGCGGAGAGUACAUUCAGCUCAUCGACGCUAACCAGGACAACUACCUUGAGGAGUGCUUGAAGAUCCGGUCCGUCCUUGCUGAGUUCGAGGAAAUGACCACCGACAACGUCUCGCCGUACACUCCUGGUCUGCCACCCGCCAAGUUCAACCCAGUUGCCAUCCUUGGUGCCCGAGAGUACAUUUUCUCCGAGAACAUUGGUAUUCUUGGUGACGUCGCUGCCGGAAAGGAACAGACGUUCGGUACGCUCUUCGCUCGUACAUUGGCUCAAAUCGGUGGUAAGCUCCAUUACGGUCACCCCGAUUUCCUCAACGGUGUCUUCAUGACUACUCGCGGUGGUGUCUCCAAGGCUCAAAAGGGUCUGCACUUGAACGAGGAUAUCUACGCUGGUAUGAACGCCAUCCUCCGUGGCGGUCGCAUCAAGCACUGCGAGUACUACCAGUGUGGUAAGGGUCGUGAUCUUGGUUUUGGCUCCAUUCUGAACUUCACCACGAAGAUCGGUACUGGUAUGGGCGAACAAAUGUUGUCUCGCGAGUACUACUACCUCGGCACGCAACUCCCUCUGGACCGCUUCCUCUCGUUCUACUACGCCCACCCAGGUUUCCACAUCAACAACUUGUUCGUCAUGUUGUCUGUGCAACUCUUCAUGUGGUGCUUGCUCAACCUCGGUGCUUUGCGACACGAGACCAUCAGUUGUCGAUACAACCGCGACGUUCCAGAGACCGACCCGCUUUUCCCAACUGGAUGCGCUAACAUCAUCCCUAUUAUGGACUGGGUCCAGCGUUGUAUAGUCUCGAUCUUCAUCGUCUUCUUCAUCUCUUUCGUCCCACUGACGAUUCAGGAGUUGACCGAGCGUGGUUUCUGGCGUGCCGCCACUCGUUUGGCCAAGCACUUCUCCUCCCUGUCACCACUCUUCGAGGUGUUCGUCACUCAGAUCUACGCCUACUCGCUGCAGCAGGAUCUGUCUUUCGGAGGCGCUCGCUACAUUGGUACCGGACGUGGUUUCGCCACUGCCCGCAUGCCAUUCGGUGUGCUCUACUCGCGAUUCGCCAGCCCUUCGAUCUACUUGGGUGCUCGUCUCCUGAUGAUGUUGCUCUUCGGCACGCUCACAGUCUGGGGCUACUGGCUUCUGUGGUUCUGGGUCUCGCUUCUUGCACUCUGCAUUUCGCCAUUCCUGUUCAACCCGCACCAGUUCGCUUGGGCCGACUUCUUCAUCGACUACCGCGAGUUCUUGCGAUGGCUGUCUCGUGGAAACACCAAAGCCCACUCUGCAUCCUGGAUCGGGUUCGUUCGUCUUUCGCGAACCCGUCUCACUGGUUUCAAGCGCAAGGUACUUGGAGAGCCAUCUUCCAAGCUGUCUGGUGACACGCCCAGGGCCAAGUUCACCAACAUUUUCUUUAGUGAGAUCAUUGGUCCGCUUGUCCUGGUCGCUGCCACUCUGGUGCCAUACCUUUACAUCAACGCUGGAACUGGUGUCAUCGCAGCCAACAACCGUGGAACCGACAUCACUCCUACCAACUCACUCAUUCGUGUGGGCCUCGUGGCCUUGGGUCCGAUCGGUAUCAACGCUGGUGUUGCAGCUGGAUUCUUCGGCAUGGCCUGUUGUAUGGGCCCAAUUCUUAGCAUGUGCUGCAAGAAAUUCGGUGCAGUCCUGGCGGCCAUCGCUCACGCCAUCGCUGUCAUUAUGCUAUUGGCCUUCUUCGAGGUCAUGUUCUUUCUGGAAGGCUGGAGCUUUACCAAGGCUCUUUUGGGCAUGAUCGCAGUCGUCGCUAUUCAGCGCUUCAUCUUCAAGCUGAUCAUCGGCCUCGCCCUGACCAGAGAGUUCCGCGCCGAUACCUCGAACAUAGCAUGGUGGACGGGAAAGUGGUACGCUCUCGGAUGGCACACUCUUUCGCAGCCCGGACGUGAGUUCCUGUGCAAGAUCACCGAGAUGGGAUUCUUCGCGGCAGACUUCUGCCUGGGACACGUGCUGCUCUUCUUCAUGCUGCCACCACUCUUGAUCCCAUACAUUGACAAGUUCCACUCUGUCAUGCUCUUCUGGCUGCGCCCCAGUCGUCAAAUUCGUCCACCGAUCUACUCGCUCAAGCAGUCCAAGCUGCGUCGACGACGAGUCAUCCGUUAUGCCAUCCUUUACUUCGCGAUGUUCGUUCUCUUCAUUGUCCUGAUCGUUGGACCAAUCGUCGCCAAGAAGUUCAUUGGCAACCUCAAGCUGGAUGUCAUGAACCUCCAGCAGCCAUCGAACUGGAAGAACAACGAUACGUCUGCCUCCAACACUGGUUAUUCGGCUAGCGGCGCAAAGGUGACGGCGUCUGCCACUCACAGUUCAUCGUCAUCGCACAACAACAAUAAAGUGAUGGGGCGAAUGCUGUACGGAUAUUAGACGACGACUUACGACACGGCCGCACGAAAUGCGUCUUGAUGAUUGCAUCCUCUCUUUUGGUCAUGGGGGUUUCGACACCGAUCUCGACGCCUGUGACCGGACACUUGUACAACACAGCAUACACAAAAUCAGAAGGCUGUUCACAUGUCUCUUGGAACAGCCGGCGCGCUGCACACUCAUGAGGUGGUGAGUUAAUGGCGGAGACAAGCAGGUGUAAUCAUCAGAACAAGUACAAUGAAGCAGCAUGGCAAUGGAACGGUGGGCGUUUUUGGGGAGCAUGCAAAGAGAGCUUGCGAUGACACGAGCUUUUCAUUCUUUUUUUCAUUGCCUACAGACGGGCAAAGGUGUUUGAUAGACCAGGAAAUUCAAUGGACAUGUUCAUGUGCAUACACAC